GUUGGCCAGGGGAGACAGCCAUGAUUCUAUUCCUGGGAGCGCUGCUCAGAUGACUGCUCUUCGGCAAGCUAAACAAACCGUCCUUGUCUUUCCAACCCGUCCGCCAAUUGAUGUGGAUACGGAAGAGGACCCGGACAACCAGCUUGGCCUGAGUGAGGAGGAGGCGCUUGUGGAUGAUGAACUGUACGUGGAUGAUACUUUUGUGGAGGAGUCUCCUAAGGGGGCAGAGGGGGGUCAGUCACCAGCACAGGUCGCUCCUGCACUACCCAACUCUUCUGGUCCUAAGGGCUGUGAAGCACCUUCCAAUGCUGCCACUGUCAACUCAAGGACUCACCCUGCAGAGUAUGCCCGCUUGUCACGGUUCGCAACUGGCAAAAAGAUUGCUAGGUUCCCGGAAAUGCAGAAGCUGUGGAGCAGUGGCAAGAAGGACGUUCUGUUUCGCCAGUGGGUUGCCAACAAUGGUGAUCCUGAUGCCAUUGAGUGCAAGCUCAAGGUCGUGGCCAGUCAGAAGAAAGAGGGGGAGUGCCGACAGGAACUGCUUACCGUAGCCCAGAUGCGGGAACGUGGUAUGCCGAAGAUCGAGGCUGUGGUGCGGCGUGGCAACGCUGUCCCAGAUGCGGAUUGCCCAACGUCGGUUGCCGACCUGGGGUAUUGGGUCGUGACUUCGAGGACCCGCACCGAUAAGGAAAGCUUGGAACGCUCCGCAGAACUCGAAGCUCAGAUCAACACGCAAGAUGCCAUCGGGGUCUUGACAGGUCUUGAAGGGCGCCUGGACCAGUUGCAUGGUGUGGGUCUGAACGCUGACCAGUCUCCUGCUGCAGGUGAUUUGCUUAAGUUCGUGAGAGACUCUGCUUCAACUGGCAUUGAAG